CCCCCCCCCAACACACACUCUUCUUUCAGCUUUAUAUUCCUCUCCCCCCUUCCCCCCUCCCCCCACGUUUUCCUCCCUAUGUGUAUGUGUUUUGUUUCUUCUGCAUGAAAAGAGUGGGAUUGGAGACGUCCUGCGGAAACUCUCCAGCGGCAGCGGCGGCGGCGGCGGCGGCGGCGGCGGCGGCGUUGGUGGCAGCCUCAACAGCAUGCCGAGGAGAAAGCAGCAAGCACCCCGGCGCUCGGCAGCUUAUGUUCCUGAGGAAGAAUUGAAGGCAGCAGAAAUAGAUGAAGAAACCGUAGAGGACGAUGGGCUAUCUUUGGACGUACAGGAAAGUGAGUAUUUGUGCAAUGAAGAAACAGAAAUCAAAGAUUACCAGGAUUCUCCAGUGAGCACUGCAACCAAUCAGGAUGCAGGGUAUGGGUCACCCUUCAGUGAAAACAGCGACCAGGUAGCCCAUUUCAAAAACUCUUCAUCGAAAGAAGAGAAAGAAGACCCCCCGGCCACAGACAGUGCCCCCUACCCCCAGGACAGCUUGGCACAAAUAAAAGCUGUGUACGCGAACUUACUUUCCGAGUCCUGUUGGUCCAACCUCGCCUUGGAUUUAAAGAAAUCCGCUUCGACGGCGGGGAGCCAUGAGCCGGGCCAGAGCGAGAGCGCGGCCACGACGGCGCCCGCGACCACCACGACCACCAGCAGCAGCGCCAGCAGCCACAGCACCAGUACCAGCACCCACACCAGCACGGGCACCUGCACGAGCAGCAGCGGCGGCAGCGCGGGCAACAGCAGCAGCAGCAGCAGCAGCUCGGGCUACGACUGGCACCAGGCGGCCCUGGCCAAGACCCUGCAGCAGACCUCCUCCUACGGGCUCCUGCCGGAGCCCAGCCUGUUUAGCACGGUGCAGCUCUAUCGGCAGAACAACAAGCUCUACGGCUCCGUGUUCACGGGCGCCAGUAAGUUCCGGUGCAAAGACUGCAGCGCGGCCUACGAUACCCUGGUGGAGCUCACGGUGCACAUGAACGAGACCGGGCACUACCGGGAUGACAACAGGGACAAAGACUCGGAGAAGACCAAGCGGUGGUCCAAGCCCAGGAAGCGGUCGCUGAUGGAGAUGGAGGGCAAGGAGGACGCCCAGAAAGUGCUGAAGUGCAUGUACUGCGGGCAUUCCUUCGAGUCCUUGCAAGACCUGAGUGUCCACAUGAUAAAAACAAAGCAUUACCAGAAAGUGCCUCUGAAGGAGCCAGUGCCGGCCAUCACGAAGCUGGUGCCCUCCACCAAAAAACGAGCACUUCAGGACCUGGCUUCCCCUUGUUCCCCGGAGCCCGCGGGGAUCGCGGCGGAGGUGGCGCUGAGCGAGUCCGGCAAGGAUCAGAAAACUGCGAACCCGUACGUGACGCCCAACAAUCGUUACGGCUACCAGAACGGCGCCAGCUACACGUGGCAGUUCGAGGCUCGCAAAGCCCAGAUCUUGAAAUGCAUGGAGUGCGGCAGCUCCCAUGACACCUUGCAGCAGCUGACUGCCCACAUGAUGGUCACCGGCCACUUCUUGAAGGUGACCACCUCGGCCUCCAAGAAAGGCAAACAGCUAGUGUUAGAUCCCGUGGUGGAAGAAAAAAUACAGUCCAUCCCCUUGCCCCCCACCACGCACACCAGGCUACCGGCCUCUAACAUCAAGAAGCAGCCCGACUCUCCCGCGGGCUCCGCCACGUCUGAAGAGAAGAAGGAGCCAGAGAAGGAGAAAGUUCCCGCUGCCGGCGAAGGCGAGAAGAAGAUAAAGGAGGAAAAUGAGGACUCCGCGGAAAAAUUCGAGCCAACCACUGUUUAUCAGUACCUGCGAGAGGAGGACUUGGAUGAUAGCCCCAAGGGUGGGAUAGAUAUAUUAAAAUCUCUAGAGAACACGGUGACCACUGCUAUCAGCAAGGCUCAGAAUGGGGCCCCGUCCUGGGGAGGGUACCCUAGCAUUCAUGCGGCGUACCAGCUCCCCGGGACGGUGAAACCCCUUCAGCCCGCUGUCCAGAGUGUGCAGAUGCAACCCUCCUACGCCGGCAGCGUCAAGUCCCUGUCUUCAGAGCACAAUGCACUAGUCCAUUCUCCAGGGAGUCUCACCCCGCCACCUCAUAAAAGCAACGUGUCUGCUAUGGAGGAGCUGGUGGAGAAGGUGACGGGCAAAAUCAAUGUGAAGAAGGAGGAGAAACCAGCGGAAAAAGAGAAAAGCUCUCCCCCUAAGCCCACAUCUCCUGUUGCAAAAGAGAAUAAUAAGGAUUUCCCCAAAUCCGAGGAAGUUAACAAGCCACAGCAGAAGAAAAAUCCUGAGGCGGACAUGCAGAAGGCCAAAAAGGACAGUCCAGCAGAAGCUCACACCCCAAACGGGACAGAGCCUCUCAAAGUAAAAGUUACCAAUGGCUGUAAUAAUCUAGGGAUUAUCACAGAUCAUUCACCUGAGCCAUCUUUCAUUAACCCACUGAGUGCUUUACAAUCCAUUAUGAACACCCAUCUAGGCAAAGUUUCUAAACCCGUCAGUCCUUCCUUAGACCCCUUGGCGAUGCUGUAUAAAAUUAGCAACAGUAUGUUGGACAAGCCUAUCUACCCCACUAGCCCCGUCAAACAGGCUGAUGCUAUCGAUCGGUACUACUAUGAGAACAGUGACCAGCCCAUUGACUUGACCAAGUCCAAAAACAAGCCCCUUGUUUCCAGCGUGGCUGAUUCAGUCUCAUCGCCUCUUCGGGAAAGUGCACUAAUGGACAUCUCCGACAUGGUGAAGAAUCUCACAGGGAGGCUGACUCCUAAGUCUUCAACCCCCUCCACAGUGUCCGAGAAAUCCGACGCGGAUGGGAGCAGCUUUGAGGAGGCUUUGGACGAGCUGUCCCCCGUCCACAAGAGGAAGGGGCGGCAGUCUAACUGGAAUCCUCAGCACUUGUUGAUUCUUCAAGCUCAGUUCGCUUCCAGUUUACGAGAGACUCCUGAAGGCAAAUACAUCAUGUCAGACUUGGGCCCCCAGGAGCGGGUGCACAUCUCUAAGUUUACUGGUCUUUCCAUGACCACCAUUAGCCACUGGCUGGCCAAUGUGAAGUAUCAGUUAAGGAGGACAGGUGGAACUAAAUUCUUAAAGAACCUAGACACGGGGCAUCCUGUUUUCUUUUGCAAUGAUUGUGCCUCUCAAUUCAGGACUGCUUCUACGUACAUAAGUCACCUAGAGACACAUUUGGGCUUUAGCUUGAAGGAUCUGUCCAAGUUGCCACUCACUCAGAUUCAAGAACAGCAGAAUGUUUCAAAAGUCCUCGCAAAUAAAACUUUGGGCACACUGGGAGUUGCGGAGGAGGACUUGGGCUCCACAUUCCAGUGUAAGUUGUGUAACCGGACUUUUGCAAGCAAACAUGCAGUCAAACUGCACCUUAGUAAAACACAUGGCAAAUCCCCUGAGGACCACCUGAUCUAUGUAACUGAAUUAGAAAAACAAUAGCGUCCAGGUAUGCAAGUGACCAUGGGAACAUUGCACUAAAACUUCUGAAUAGUACUGCACUAGGCCUGAUCUGAGCCUCUGAAAUCAGUCUUACUUUUGUUGCUGAACUGCCUAUCUGGACCUUGGUUUUUCUUACCCAUAUUUUGUAGUUAUAUUUAUAUGCUCUUUGUCUGAUCUGUGCAUGUUUUUUUUUUCCUUGUUUGUUUUUUUGUUUUUAUUUUUGUUUUUUGUUUUGUUUUGUUUUUUUGGUGAGUCAAAGUCUGACCUUUAUUUUCAACAUCUGUUCUUGAUGUUAAGCUAUCUUUUGUAGGAUAUAGUGGGACACACUAUUCAGAGACAUUAAUUUAGCCGUAAAGAAAGACACAAAUAACAAUGAUAAAAAAGACAUCCUAAAAUUACAAAGUUGCCAUGACAAUAAAGGUCAUAGAACCUAGUAGUGUCAAAUUUAACCCUUUGAGGACUGUAAUAGCAUUUCUGUGCCUUUUCCAAAAAAAAAAAAAAGACUUAAAGGCAUAUUUCAUUCAGAUCAAAAGCUGUGUCAGACACAAAACUUAUUUAAUAAUUAAAAAAAUUAAUAAGCUUUUUUAUGCAGAACUGGUUUGUGAAGAAAACAUGCAUGCAGCUGUUGGAAGAUAGAAAGCUAUCUAGUACUCAUGGGGUUAGGAGCUACUAAUGUAAAAGUUAAAAAAAAAAUCAGACCUUAGUUGCCACUAUGCCCAAACCCUCUGGAUGCUGAAAAAUGCCACUUUUGGCAAAAAAAAAAAAAAAUAAAAUAAAAUAAAGUAUGCAAGCUGUUAUUUAAAAAAUGUGUAAAAAUGCUAUUUCUUUUUUCCUGUAAAAUACUGCAGUUUAUAGUUAUUUACAAAUGUAAGCUUUGGUACAAGCUGACCUUUCUAUAGCGUGCUGCAUUGGUAAAUGAAAAAAAAACCUGGGGCAAAUGUUGGAGUCUUUUCCUUGUAAAUUGCCAGCAUCAGCUUAAACUACUACAUGUUACAUAUCGUACCAUUUUAAACUGUUCAACUUUCUUUGUACCUUCUGGCUGUAUGCUUUUCUCUUUUAACUUUUUAUAUUGUCAUUUUAUAUUCAAUUUCUGUGUAUAUAAUGUAAAACCACAAUUUUUGAAUAAAAUUUAGUUCCUGCAGCUUGAUUUAAAGAGAGAAAUUUUACUGGCACCUGCAUCUUUCCAGAUGCAUGUACUUAAAGGGACUAUCAGACAAAAAUAAAUAAAUAAAAUAAAGCAAGCAAUGCACUAUUAAUUAUACAUUUUGAUGUUCUAUCAUUAAUAUUGUACAGUACAUUUUGGUUCACACAAUUAAAUCCACUUGUUUCUCAAAUGUAAAAUAAACCCACAUACAGUUCUUGAUUUACA